AUGGAGGAAAGUUCAUACUCAGAGUUUCCAAAAUUUCACAGAAGGCGGAGGCAGUGCUGCAGGAGGGGGGUACAAGUGGCGCUGGUGGGGCUGGUGAUCGCAGCUCUAUGGGCUGGGAUGCUGACUCUGCUUCUCCUGUGGCAUUGGGACACCGCGCAAAAACUGAAACGGCUGGAGGAGGCCGCUGCCCGGAAUGUCUCUCAGGUGUCCAAGGACUUGGAAAGACACAAGGGUGACCAGACGGCCGAGAAAUCCCAGGCUGCCCAGAUGCUUCAGGUCAUGGAGAGAAUCCAAGAUGAACAGAAGAGAAUGCAAUCUCAGGAAUCUGAGCUCUCUCGGAACCUGGAUGGUCUUCGAGCUGACCUGAGCAACUUGAAGUCCCACAGCUUGAAUGAGAGGCACGCGGCCUUGGAUUCACUGGAGAGACUCCAGGAGGAGGUGGGGAAGCUGUGGAUGGAGCUACACGAGUCCAACGCCCAGACCCCAGGAGUGAUGCUGCCACCCACUCUGCCCAUGGUACCCACAGCGCCUGCCACUGUGCCCACCAUAGCACCCACCCCGGCACCCACCACGGUACCCACCACGGCACCCACCACGGCACCCACCAUGGUAUCCACCACGGCACCCACCCCGGCACCCACCACGGUACCCACCACCACAGCACCCACCCCGGCAUCCACCAUGGUACCCAUCACAGCAUCCACCACGGUGGCCCCCCUCAGCCUCUCCUCCGCCCCAGGCUCCGUGUGCAACACGUGCCCCGAGGAGUGGAUCUACUUCCAAAAGAAGUGCUACUACUUCGGUGAGGGCGCCAAGAAAUGGAUCCAGGCCCGGUACGCCUGCAGCAAACUGCACGGGCGGUUGGUUAGCAUCCACAGCAAGGCGGAGCAGGACUUCCUGACCAAACGCUCCAACAAGAGGGGCUCCUGGAUUGGCCUUCGGGACCUGGACAUCGAGGGGGAGUUCAUCUGGAUGGACAAUAACCCCCUGGACUAUAGCAACUGGCAGCCGGGGGAGCCCAACGACGCAGGCCAGGGCGAGAACUGCGUGAUGAUGCUGGGCUCGGGGCAGUGGAAUGACGCCUUUUGCGGCAGCUUCCUGCACGGCUGGGUGUGUGACCGGCAGGCCACAUGCUGA